CAGGACAGCGCGCGAGAACAAAGUUUACUCGUAUCGCAAAGUACUAUUCUGUAACGAAUGCAUAAAAAGUGCUACUUUUUGUGCCUACGUCUUCACGAAAUCAUCUAACAAUAGGAAGAUCAGUUUGAUCCAGAAUCACUUUCGGGUUAGCAGUCAUGAGUCCAGUCCAGUCAAAUUGUUCUCUAAAAAUUCAACUCAAGAAAAGAUCUAAGCUCAGUCUUUUGUCGCCGAUUCCACAUUCGAAUUCAACAGUUAAACAUCAUAUUGACCAUCUAUUUUAACCGUUUGAGUGCCAAGGAGCGAUUUUGCCCCUCUUCUCUGUUGCUCGAACUUUACUGUUACCACUACAUUGGUGCGUUCCACUUAACGCUCGCAAUGCUCGCGCCCACGACCGUAAGAUUUCGUGUUCCACUAGCUUGUGGACUGUUGUGGACGUCGUGGUCGAAAACUUAAGUGGAACGACUUAUCGGACUUGUGAACGAUACAAAGAUGACUGGUAUUGUAGAGAAUAUGUGUAUAAGGCUAAUGCGUGAACGGAAUUAUGUUUCUGAGAGUUCAUCAAGCUCAGAUGACGAGUGGGAAGCCGCUCUGCAGCAACGAGGAAAACGAAAACUUCGUCCACGAAUUAAAGGUUACGGUGAUGUUGUCCACAGUUACAUGGACCACGAGUUAAAAAGUCAUUUUAGAAUGUCAAAGGCUACAUUUGAAUACCUUCUCAGCAUCAUUGGAAAAGAUAACCAGGAAAAUAAAAGGCUGUCCAACUAUUGCUUCUCACCAGCAGUUAAUGAUAGUCCUCUGGAAAAUGGCUACUAUGGACUCGUACAGAUCUGUUUGUGAUUGGUUAAUGUUGGAAGAGCUACUGGUCUUCAAUCUGUGCGAAGAGUCACAAAUACUCUGUUUAGACAGUCUGCAAGAUUCAUUGAGUGGCCCACUGGUCAUAGAGCUGUGCAAGUGAUGCAAGGAUUUGAAGAAGGUAGUGGGUUUCCAAAAACUUUUGGAGCCAUUGAUGGUACACAUAUUCGUAUUGAUGCUCCAAAGGAAAACUCUGCAGAUUAUGUUCAUCGCAAAGGAUUUUAUUCCAUUUAAUUGCAGUUGGUGUGCGACCACAAAACUUUAAUUACGCAUUGCUACACUGGACAUCCUGGCUCGGUCCAUGACCAAAGUGUUUUCCGACUAUCUGAAGUGUCAAACUACCUAUCCGAUGAUGAAAAGUUUCCUGCAGAUAGCCAUAUUUUGGGUGAUGCCGCUUAUGAACUGAAUCAACAUUUACUCACUCCUUUUCGAGAUAAUGGCCACUUAAAUGAGAGACAGAAGAAUUACAACUACCGCC